UCUGCAAUGUCAGCAGCCGCAGCGGCGGCGACGCGAGCGGCAGCGGCUGGGGCCCCGCGGUAGCCGCCAGAGCGGCACGGCCCGGCCGGCGCGCACGGCGCGAGCCCGCGGCCACCUCGCUGCCUCCGGGGCGCUGCGGGCGGUUCUGCGCGCCCCGGCGCUGCGCUGGGACUCGAGGCCAGCCCGGCUGCGGCCGCGCACAAAGGACCGCGGACACCGGGCUCCGGGGGCUGCGCCCAGGGACCGGCCGGGAGACGACCAAUCGCCCCGCGCCCGCCGCACGCCCGCCUUCGCCCGGCGGCGGGAGCCCGAGCCGGAGCGGGCCCCGUCAUAUGACAGCGGCGACACAGCGGCCGGCGAGCGCGCGUGCUGCCCACUCGGCUGCGCCACGGCCGCCGGCGCCGGGGGUGGCCCGCGCCGCGCCCCGCUGAGUGCUCGGCCGUCGCCGCCGCCGCCCCGCGUCCCCCGCGCCCCGGCUCUCGGGCACCGGGGGCAGGAGCCGAGGGGAGCCCCCCGCCGGCGCCGAGCCUAAAAUGGCCACGCUGCUCCGCAAAAUCGGGCUCAUCCGCCUGCACAACCGGGACACCGAGGACCCCAAGCACCACCACAACCACCGCGGCGGCGGCGGCCAGCAGAGCGCGUCGCUGCGCGGCAAGGGCGGCGCCAAGAGCGGCGGCCACAAGCAGCAGCAGCAGCAGCAGCAGCACCCCCCCGGGGGCGCAGGCGACGCGAGCCCCGGGCCCGGCAAGGGCAAGGGCAAGCGCGCGGCGGAGCCGACCCCGCGCGACAAGCCGCCGCAGCCGGCCGCGGGGGCGGCGGGGGCGGCGGGCGCCGGGGGCCCCCGGGAGCGGGCGGCGGGCGCCAGGGCGGGGCCGGGCCCGGCGGCGGCGGCGGCGGUGGCUGCGGGCGGCAGCCUGGUCCCCGCGGCGCGCCAGCAGCACUGCACGCAGGUGCGCAGCCGGCGGCUCAUGAAGGAGCUGCAGGACAUCGCGCGCCUCAGCGACCGCUUCAUCUCCGUGGAGCUGGUGGACGAGAGCCUCUUCGACUGGAACGUGAAGCUGCACCAGGUGGACAAGGACUCCGUGCUGUGGCAGGACAUGAAGGAGACCAACACCGAGUUCAUCCUGCUCAACCUCACCUUCCCCGACAACUUCCCCUUCUCGCCGCCCUUCAUGCGGGUGCUCAGCCCGCGCCUGGAGAACGGCUACGUGCUGGACGGCGGCGCCAUCUGCAUGGAGCUGCUCACGCCGCGCGGCUGGUCCAGCGCCUACACCGUGGAGGCCGUCAUGCGCCAGUUCGCCGCCAGCCUGGUCAAGGGCCAGCAUCUAGGGCAAAGGUGAAAACUGUGCUCUUGAGAAAUUUCGCGGGGAGAAGCUGAGGUGAGGAGGUGUGGUUUGCGUGGUUCCUUAAGUGACAAGGCCAGACUCUCAAGGAAACGCUUGGCACCUGCCCCCUUCCAGAACCAUCACCUCCGUUCCGUUCUUUCUCAGAUCUGUUUCUUCCCUGGGUUUCCUCGUAACUCCAGGAGUUUAAUCCUUUAUCAGGGCUUAAGAUGUUUAACUAAGUGGUGAAAUCUGGGCUGGGGGACAGGGAGCUGGAUGCCAGAGUCUUCUGUGCCAGACGGCAGCUUUACCAAAAGAAAUCCAGGGAACCCGAGCGCAAGGAAUGAAUGGGUCUUCUGAAAUGUGUUCCCCCCUGGCUGCAGACAGGGGCAUGACCGUUUUGUCUUUCCACACUUCUGUGCCCUUGAUCAUGCUCGAGCUGGUUGAUAUUUUCUCAAAAUCAAUAGCAAAGAGUUAAUAAAAUCAUACUUUCAUAUGGGCAACUGUAGAUUUAUGGAGAAUCAUUGUUUUAUUUAGCAGACCCUGAAUGACCUCUCGAUUAGAUCAUUCUGCAGCCUGCAUAUCAGAAGCAUGAGUCCCCUGUCACCUGCCUGUGUCCCUUUUACUGCAGGGUCUCUCACACCGAUCAAAUCAUGCUGGUUCUGCCAAGUUCACUGGAGGUGGAACCCCUGGGAUUCCACUCAGAUAGCAUCCUAACGCCAGUGCAGGGUGCCAAGUAACUAUCCUGCCAGCCUAUCUUUUCUGGGAUUUACACUCAUUUCUUGAGUUAGGAAAGGGAUGGAUAUGACAGCCCUGGAAAGACGUCUUUAACUGAGAGAGAGCUUUUUAAUGCUUUAUCGUGAGAACGUUCGUUCUGAAUUCUUUCCGUUCAGUGCUGGAUCUGAUGUAAGGUGCCUGAAAUUAAAUACGAGCCACAGGAAUGGGGGGGUCGCUUUAUUUUUUGAACAGAAUUUAUACAAAUGAUGUGGGAAAAUAUUCUGAAACAAAAAUGGCUUUGUUAUCUGUUUCUUAAAUCAUUGCUGAACAGAAUUCUUCGGAACAGUGUCUUACCUUCACUCAUUCUCCACAGUGAGAUGACUUUGGGGACCAGGGGGAGAGGAAUGUCGUUUUGCCUUAUAGAGCCACAGAAUCAUGACAUUUUAGGUUAGGAGGAGAUCCUAGAGGUCCCUUGGGUCACAGCCUGCAUUUUGAAAGAUAUAGGAAAGUAAAGAUUCCAAAUGGGAAGUGAGGAAGUUUCUCAAAAAGAGAUACAUCUUUGAAAUCACACGAUUUCCCUGUGUAAAUUAGUGCUACGCAUGCACGCCUGUGCACUUCUCUUAAAAUAAGCAGGUCCUUGGGUCCGUGGUCCUUUCCUGCAUGACUGAAAUUAAGAGUCUUGCACGCCAGUUGCAAGUUAGAGACUUCAGUGUUGAAAAUAAUUAUCAACAUUUUUACUUAUUAUUUUCAAAAUAUCACUCAAUUGAACUCAGGGCCCUGCACCAAGCAUGUUGUAUUAUCAGCCGGACUGUAAAAGAUGUAACUGAAGGCAGGAACGCAGCAACUUAUGAAAACACCAGUUCAGUUCCUUUGCAUUUUCUGCGCCGACUUCAACACCCAGAAGACACAGGUGUGGGAUACACACAACCUCUUCAGAAUGCAGUGUGAGAAUCAGAGAAGUGAAGUCAUUACGCUUCAAGACUCUGUGCUCAAAAGGAUUCUAAGAGUGUGUCCGGGACCUGAGCAGUUCCUUUUAUGAAGUCCCUGCCUACAGACUGUGCAGUGCACAUACUGUAGUUACCAAAUUAUUUCCGUAGUUAAAGGUAAUGGGGUUUGGGAAAGGAAUCAAAGUACCUGAUUAGGUAUUCAAAGAGAACCGGGACUGCUACCAAACCAAUAAUUAGUUUAAGAGAAAGAGUCAUUCUCCUGUAGCUCAGUUCCUCCAUCUGUUGGCUUUUCUUUUUUAGGAUUCGUUUCUCUUAAGCAACAAAGUUAAAGGCUUGUUUUCCUCUUGCAUAACUGCUCAGCUUAACUCUCUGAAUUGAGGAUAUACUAAGUUCGUUUUGUUUCUAUGCCUUCAGAGAAAUCGCCAAAUAAUUUUAAAGGUUCCAUUGGUAAUAUUGACAAAAGAUUUGCUUAGCAGUUUUGUGCAGAAAAUAAAAAGUUCGGGGUUAUCAUGCGAUGUGCUAAGUUCAGUCAUUUCAUGAGACCCUCCCCUGCCUGGUUGGCUGUGCUGCCGUAUGGACUGUGGUUGUUUUAAAUGAAAUUCCAUUCGUUGCCUGUAUGACGUAUUCUAUGUGCAGAUAGCGACGCAUCUGCCCUGCCUGUUACUGUCUAUUACUAGCCCUUCUUUUGACUAAACGGAGACCUUUUAGGUAAUUCUUUUGGUUUUCUGCAACUGAGUGAACAAUUCCCAUAAUUUUAAAAUGAACUGGUGAAAAUGCUAAAACUGACAUCCUUCAUCGUUGACCAAACCAAAACAAGAUCUAUAGCUCGAGGGGAGGAUUUCCGACAUUUGGAAGCUGUAAAAUGUUGGUGUGGAAAGUUAGGUCGGUUGCAGGGUGAGCCCAGGGUUUGCACCUAGUAGGCAGCCCCACGUGUGAACUCCAUUUGCGGAGAUUUCCGAGAACAGGGUCUAGAAGCCUGGGCUCAGGAGCGUCAACGUUGGAGGGGCCCAGCCCCUAGGAAGUGCAGGGGGGUUCACUGGCAUAUACACCGGGUUCGGAGCCUGGGAUCAGGGAAUGACAGCACAGAGACCCUCUGCUUGCAGUUAUUCAAGCAGAAGGGUCCCCAAAAGCCGUUCAAGGGGGCUCCAACUCAGAGCUCCGUUUUCGCAUCACUGUACCUCCUGAGUGUCCCCUUUUCAAUUAGUUAGACGCUGCCAGGGGCAGGGAACCAGAUGGCUCUUGAAAGACUGUUCCUCACUCCUCCUCUGCUUUCUCGGAGCCAAGCACACGACACAGGCCAGCAGGCAGACGCUCUGCUGCUGGUGGCGCCCUGCUCCAAGUCCAGUCCCUGCCAGCUAAGCGAGCCCCCAGGCUGCUUCGCCUGACUCGGUGCUCGUCUCUCGAUGGUCUCUGUACAGGUGAGGGAACUGUAGCUCCACGGUCAGGCGAAAUCGAUACGUCUCGUUCUAAUUCUAGCAGUGAGUGGCAAGGCUCUGGAACCCGAGCCACCGUCAGGAAGCCGGUCAGGCAGGGCAGGGCCAACCCGGGGGGCCACCUCAGCUGCUGGCUGUGCCCGGGUAGUGGUCCGCUCACUGGGACCCACACGAGAACCGUGCGUGUCUGCAGAGAGCUGAUACCCGGCCGGGCGUCGGCAGAACAGUGAGAGCAGGUGACCUGAAGCAUCUCAGAUCUUAGCUUUUGAGCUCCAGACUGGUCAGCGGUUCCAGGACCGUCUGUUUGCCUCCUGGAUCAGUCUCUGGGAUCUCUAAAUAAAGGAAGCUGGCAGGGUCAGAAUGUGCUAGAAAAGGAACGGGCUCUGCAUGCCAGCCAUUUGACGAUACGCCGCAUCUCCUGAGCUCGACCUUAGGACUUAAAACCUCAGCAUCAUGCGUGCCUCCGAGAACCAUGCUCACACACAUGUGCACACACACACGAGGGCCGCCUUCUUCAGAACUUCUUCCAGAGGUCGAGGCCUAGGAACAGCGUUUUACUUCCGACUGGAACAUCUGCAGGUGUCAUCAGAAAAGGUGAUGAAGGUCACCAGCCCUCUGGGUCCCAAAGUGGGUUGACUUCCAAGCUGUUACAACUGACACACGUUUUGUGUGAGACCCCUAGGGCUGCUGGGUGGCUUAAACAGCAGAAAUGCGCCGUCUCACGGUUCGGUUCGGGAAGGCAGACGUCGGAAAUCAGGUGUCAGCAGGGUGGGGCCCCGGUGAGGCUGCGCAGGGGAAUCUGUCCGCGGGUGGCGCUCGGUGGCCGAGAGAAGGCUGUCGUCUUCUGUGUCUUCACGGGCUUGUCCCUCCGUGCAUGUCUCUGUUCUCAUUUCAUGAGUACACCCGUCAUAUUGGAUUAGGGCCUGCCCUAGCGAUGUCAGCUUAACAUGAUUACCUCUGUAAAGACCCUGUCUCCCAAUACAGUCACAUUCCGAGGCGCGGGGGACGAGGACUCCCAAUGCAGGGAUGGGGGGGGGGGCUCACAGUGCAGCCCAGAACAAGCCCAAACAGGAAUUCUGUAACUAAUUCAACCUCAUGUCUCUAGAGGCUUUUGCUGGUUCGCAAAGUGCCGUGAACACAGGACCACACUGCGGGAGGCCCGGAGGACCAGCCUGGAGCAGAGUUGGCAGCCCCUGGGGAGGGGAGCGGUUUGGGGGCAGGUGGGGCGUCAACACGGAUAACCUGGCUGGGAGAGGGGAGGGUGAAACCAUGAGUUCACCGAGGAGAAUGCAUUGGCGCGGAGAUCUUAUGAGUCACUCUGUCAUCUUGUCCUGUGCCAAGUGUAGGUGACAGAGAUAAUUGCCCACCCAGGAUGACUCUGCGGCUUGAACUGUUUGAAGAAAAAAUAGCUUGUUCUGAUAUCAAGUAGGACGGGCAGGAGGACACAGGCAGGACUCUGUAACCUAAAAAUAGUCCCAUGCCAAGUUGGCGGGCUCCCAUAGCUCGCUCCCCGGCGAGUGCUCACAGCCCGCGGCUGACGGCACAGUUAAUAAUAGUAGCGACUUACUUUACCCUGAGUCGUGGACUUUGGGAAUCUGAAUUUGCGAGACGAGAAUGUCCCUGUAUUUCUGUUUAUUUUUCUGAUUCAGAUGAAGGGAUGUGAGAGGUUUGUUCUUCUUACUAAGGGCCAGCAUAGUUUUGGGGGGGCUUUUGUUAGUGGAAAAUGCCAAUAAGUAACAAUAAUUCAAAGUUUGUUUUAAAGCAUGAGGCCCAGAGCGGAGAGUUCUGCCCGUUUUCUUCCUUAGGAACAAGCGGGUAUGAAUCCAUGGUUAGAAGCAAGGUAGUGCCAUUUGGGGGACAGCUCAGGAACCAGCAAAAUAGCUUUCAUGUGUGUUUUGUUUUAUUUUGUUCUGCUUUUAAAGCAGCUACUAAAAAAUAAAAUAAUAAUUUUUAAAAAGCAGCUACUAAUAGUGGGUUGUUGGAGCCACAUUUCAGAUCUGGUGGAAGUGAGAUCUUUGCUGGGUUGACAAGGCAACAGGGAGAGACAGGGCGGGGUGCAGAAGGUGUAAGUCCUUCACUCUCUGCCAGUGGUCCUCAGCCGCCCAGUCAGUCAGAUGCCCUGGGAGGGCUGAAAUCAUUCCAGUGCCUAGCCCGACCCUCAGGGAAUCAAACUUCCUGGGUCUAGGAUCAGGCCCAGGUAGAGGCUUGGAAAACUCCUGUGUGAGUCUAACAUGUGGUGGGGGUUGAACGAGCCACCACGGACCGACAUGUCCCCUUUCCAUGUCCCUGUCCCCACCAGCGGCCACAAUAGGACCUUCAGGUGGCGAGGACGGGACCGACCUCUCACCUUCCCUCCUGCUGCCUUGGCGGACUCACUGUCCUGGGUGAACCCUGCCAGAGCCCCCCGGAAGCCCUACUUUCGUAGACAAGCCAUCCCAAAGCCACAUCCUUCUUCCCUGGACCGGGGGGAGUGUGGCCUCGGAAGGACGUGUGCCCAGGAGAGCUCAGUGACCCUGAGACACAACGGGGAGGGCUCAGGAGCUCGGCCUACCUGGAGAUAACUGGCAGUUAACUCACCGGUGCCUGUGGCACAGGUAUUGAGUGCCUACUGACUACUCUGUACUAGACAUUUACUGGACACACGGUGGCACCUAUGACUCCCAUGGAGUGCCACCGCGGAGAAGUAACCAGAGGGGACGACGAGAAACCCAUUCAUGUUCCUCUUCGGCAUCCCAGGCCGCUUGCAGUCAGACCCGGCGUGGACAGGUGCCCGUUCAUUGAGUGUCCGUGGACCUGACCACUGGCAGUGGCUCAUGUGUGCCCUGGGGACUUGGGAGACGUGCGGUCCUGGGGUUAGCAGGGUUCAGACCUGCGUAAUGUUUGCAGAGGGAGCCUUCAGGGUGGCCUGAGUUUCUGAAUGUCACUGCGUCGCCAAGAAAUGGGAAGAUCGGGCAUUCCCAAAACACACAGGGGAGUCGCCGUAAUGGCAGAAACGUUUCCGGUGACCUCCAGGCUUUCCCACCUGCUGAGUCAGCAGACUACAGUAAGGGUGAGAUGUUCGCCGAUUCCGCCUCAUCACGCGUCACUCGCCCUUUCGUUCCUUCCUCCCUUCCUUCGGCACCCGUGUACCAAGGGUCUGGCAUGCCGUGGCUCCGCAGCCACGCUGCCCGGGGCACUCCCGUGACACCCCUUCACCAUCCCGAGUGUCCUCUCUGGCCCCCCUCCUGGCUGGCUUCUUGCCACUUUGGUGAGGCCGGGGGGAGUACGUGGUGUAGGAGGACCCAGGACCCCAGACGGAGAACACAGAGGAGGAAGCCAAUUUGGGACCCACCAGGUGGCAAAGGAUUGGAAGUAGAGGGCAGGGCACGGCUGUGGGAGCCGAGGGAAGUGACCCGACGUGCCCCGUCCCCACCCGGCAGGACUGACAGGGCCAGGAAGCAGGAGGACUGAAGACUCCUCCCCUUGUGGUUUCCCGCCGGCCUUUCUUCUCCACCCGCCCUCCUGCCUCAUUAGAAGCUCGCCAUCGCCUGCCUGGACUCGGGCAAUGCGCCGUGCGGUUUCUCUGUCUCCUUCCGUCUCUCUGCCGCCGUCGUCCUAACUCCUCCGAGACGCAGACCUGGCCCUCUCACAUCCUUUAUCCUGACCCUUACGGAGUACCCCAUGAGCCCCCGCGCGCUGCCCAUGCACAGCGGCCCUCCCCCGCCCGCCGUGGCCCCCGUGGAGGUCUGUCCUCCUCCAGCCCCCGCCCAGCCCUGGCUGGUCCUUUCUGUCCGUGCUCAGCUCACAAGCCAGCCCCUCCCUAAUGUUCACGCGGUGAGGCCCAGCCAUCCUUGAAGCCCCAGGUCCUCUACGAAAGGCCCUCUUCUGAACAACCUCGCAUUUUCCAGAAGACACGCCUGGUCUUAUCCUGCUAGAUGCCAUUGACCUAUGCCAACUAUAUUGCCCCCCCAUGGCACAACGCCCCACACACCGUGUGCGCUGAGUGAGUUGUUGGUCGUGCAAGGUGCUGAUCUGAGCAGACACCCCAUUCCCUUCCCUUUGUCCCUGCUGGCAGCAGAAGGCUGCCGCUCUGGGGCCAGUACUUAAUGCAGACCGGCUGCCAUGCAAAAUGUUUUCUGUUGGCCAUUGGAGUCAGUCCUUGCAAUGGCCUGUGAGUCAAGUGCUGUCUUUAUUGCCAGUUCACGGAGGAGAAAACAGGCUCGCUGAGGUUGAAUCUGUGCCCCAGGCCGAUGGCUUAGUGAAAAGCAACGCUCAGUCCUCAUCAGGCCGUCUGGAGCUCGGGCCACCGUGUUUCCAUGAGCUUCCAUGGGCAAGGCGGGAGCCACCCAGCCAGAGCCCGUGCGGUCGGCUGCUCGUCGUAGGUCCCUGUGCACCUUCCAGAUGUCUUUGCAGUGAUACUUUGCUAGGUUUGGAUCCACCAGGAAGGGAUAACAUACCCAUUGAAUCUACUGAAUUAUCUGUGGGCCCAAAUAAGCUCAUGGUACACAUUGUGUGACCUAGAAGAACGGUUUACAUCUUUCAGAACCGUAGGAGAAAAAUAAUUAUUGUUGUUUUAUUUCUUGUCUCCAGGAAAGGGAGAGGCAUUUUAAAAUUUCUGAAAAACUCAAGAAAGAAAUGCUUUUUGAAUAUAAUGGCUACAUUGGUGAACCUACUCAGAUUGAAGAAAUUACUAUUGUAAAAAUAAUUUCUGUAAGAUAAAUACUAAUUCUCUGUCACAAUAUUUGGCAGGCAGUCCAGAGAUUUUUUUUUUUUUAAAUUAAAAGUUCUUUGAUGAGAGAAAUGAGGAAACACUAUUUUAAAAGGGAUUGGGUUACACUUUAAGUUGUAAUGUACCCAACUCACUUGGGAAUCAAAGGAAGAAUUUACAGAAAAAUAGUAAGGCAGUGCUUUCUGGCUUUUUUAUUUUGAAAAGCAGACGUUUCCAAAAAUCAGAAUAUGGAGUUAUAGAAUUGACUCUAUAUUGGUUCUGAUAAAAAGCAGCCAUUCUUAUUUUAUAAAUUUGGACAUGUUGUGCACUUAGUUAUUAAAACAGUCAUUUUUGCCUUGCUAACACAUAGGAGUUAGCAUAAAUUUUGAGUGUCAGGCUAGAUGCCCAUUUUUGCUUCCCAGGAGACACCAGUCAGAAAUUGGAUGUAAUGGUACAAAAUAAGUAUUAAUUGCUGCAAGGAUUAAUCUGUGUUGAGGUGUUUCAGGAUAAUGACAUACCCUACUUCACUCUGCUUCCCAGCCAGGGAAAAGUAGAAAUAACAUGGAGGAAACUUGGAAUUGAAUGUAUUACAAGUUUCAGUUCAUCGUAACUAGUUGAAUAUUAUAAGACUUUAAAAUGUAACUUUCAAAAGUCAUCUAAGUACUAGAAUCAUAUGCUUUCACCUCCCUCUGUGGACGGGGGCUGUUUCUCAGGGAAGCUGGCUCUUCAGCAGCUCGCUCCCACGCAGAGAGCACCCCCCUGGGGUCCGGGAGCCCCCAGAGUCCCACCUGGGGAGGGCAGAGCGACUGCGUUAGGGUCCUGGGGAAGUGCCCUCUGCCAGCCCGAAACCAGCACAGAGGAGCCCCCCAGAAUGGGCCCAGCGGCCCCACCCCUCCCAGAACCGCUCAUUUCUUCUUGGAUCACUCGCACAACGUACACUGUGAAACUUCAUCGUCUCAGCUCCCGGGAGACCGUUUCUCUAAAGGUAGGAUCCAGCCAUGAAGUCGUAUGAAGCUUAAAGAAAAUCAUCGUAAACUAAACGGAUCUAAUAAAAAGAGAGUUUGAAAUCCGCUGGAUGGAAUUAGGGUGAUUUUUUUCAAGUAAUUUUGUUGAAAAGGGGAUCCUGGCCUCGGUGUUCUCGUGGUCCGGAGAGAUAAAGGUCAUUGCUGGUUGUUCCCCCACAUGCGUCCGAGAGGAACCGGAGAACUCAGAGCCCCUUCUUGCCACCUGGAGGAGCGCGUGCCCUUGGGCAUGGGGGGGGGGGCCGUGGACCCCUCCUCGGAAUAAUUUCAUUUUAAACGCACAGAAUAAAAUUCACAGAAUUUCAAAGGAAAUCAAUUAUGUCGAAACACAUGUAUCACCUUUUUAAAAGUGUUGGACUAAAAUAGGAAAUUAAGAAGUGCAUCUUUAUUAACGUAUUUAGUGUUGAGAUCCGAAGACGGAUCUGACAGCUUCUCUAAUUGGACGUAGUAAAUGGCCUUUCAAGUUGUCUGCACCAACUAGAAUGUGAUUUUUUUUUUAAAUCUGUUUUUCUGUUGGUGACAAAGUCAAGGCAUUGCUCACAAGGCUGCAGCUUGUUACCUUCAGUCAUAAUUCAGUGAAGUGCUGGCUUGUAGUGAGGAGGUAGUGAAAACAAAGUCAUGUUUUCCAUCCAAGUUUACGUGGCCCCAGGUGAAGAAGUCCAGAGAGCAAGUGGCUCUCAGUGUCCGCGGUUGUCUUGGGAAAGCUCGGAAAGGUUAUCCAGCUUCCGGCCAGAACCCUGGGCUUGGGGUUGAAGGUCCGGCGUAUAUGUCCUUUCCACCAGCACCCUGCUGGGUGGACCGGGGUUAAAACCAUGGACAGCAAGGCCAGCACAGGGCGCCCACACCGUCUCUCCUCUCCGGCCUGCUUUGCUGCUGGGCAGCUAGCCACCUCCUCAAGCCUCAGGCACCUCCCCUGAAGAUGAGACGUGUAACCCCAUUUCCCAGGUGAAUCGUGAUCCCCAAGGACGUGAUGUACAGAAGCACCACACACGGAGGAGGCGAUCAGCGGCUACUCCUUCUUUCUCAGAAGGCGAAUACGUAGUGAAAUAAACACACAAGAGACGUUUAUCCAAGACCCAGACCUGGACUCACAUUCGAAUCCCAUACACACAGGGAUCUGCUUUCGUAACUGUUAGCAUUUCCGGGCAAACGCGACAUCCAGUUGGCUCAAAUUGUUUCACCCACGAUCUUACAAACAAUCACAAAAAUCUCAGGAUAGCCUGCCACCGCCGUCCACUGCGGGCUCUUGUCCUGGCGUCUGUUGGUUUCCAUCCUCGAGUCAUCGUCUCUGCCAGGAGCUGAUUCCUGAUCAUAACUGUGACCGUGUAUUGUCCCACCACAAUCCGAGGGCUGCUGACUUUGCUCUCUAAGGAUUCCAUGUGUUAGCAGUGUCUUUAAAUUAGCUUAAUUUUCUGGGCUGUGGCUAAGUCACAAAGUUACACUCGAGAACGUUAUUUAAUCCCUUUCUUCCACCGUAUCUCGUGCACACCACGUGCUUUUGUUAGCCGUUAAAGUAUUGAGAUGCGACCUUCAUUAUGGAACAUGAUAGCCGCUGGACCACUUGGGUUACAUUUUGUUUCAAGAGGAAGACCUGGCUCGGAAGUGAAAUUUGAAAUUGUGUAAAAUGCUCUGGAUGCCAGCAGUGGCCACAGAUCAGCGGGAUCGCCUCUGAUCAGUGCACAGAGAAGUUCACUGUGGUCAGGCUUCCUUUGCCUUUCUGAAAUACCUUCAGGAAUGGCCUUUCCCUUAGUGGAAUUUGAGGGAAAUCUAAUUGAAAUGUUCAGCCCACAGGAUUUGCAUUUGCUCCGAAACAUCCGGGAGCGGAUAUGUGACACUGUGACGGUCGGAGGCGAAUCAGCCGCAAACACUGGUGUCUGCCUCAUUCUUGCAGCUCAGUUAGGGCCCUGAGUGUUGGCCCCAAAACCAGGGUCAUCUUCCUGCCUCGGACAGGAGAGGACCCGGAUGUCACCAGCAUCCUUGCGACCCCUCGGACUCCGGGGUUUAGGAGCAGCAUCGUCACAAGGAGAGGGGAAGGUGUGCAGCGUGCCGGUCCCCCAGGAUUUAGGCACUGUUUCUGUUGUACUCUUGAUGGUUUUCCCGUAGUUGAGCCACACUGAUAUCUGAAACCCAGCCUCUGACGUUGUUAGAGCUGUGAGUGUUCUCCCCACUGGGUUUCUCAGCCUGCUGCCCACAUCGAUCUAAGAGGGGGUGUUCUCUUGCACGUGAAUCUGUAGUAUGGAAAUCAGUGGAUGGGCUUCGGCGAGUGUGAACCAUCUUCAGCAUCACAGCUGGCAAACAGAGACAGUUCUACCCACCAUGGCUCAGACCGAUUUCUCACAUUUCUAUGUAUUUCUUUUUCUCUCCCAUCAUCACCUCUUUUGGUUGAGAUCAUGUCAGUGGCCCAAUCCUAAGAAAACUAGAAAAGGACCUCAGCCUGCACCUUGGGGCUGACCACACACCCGUGUGUGUCUUGGUGGCUUGCUGGUCUCCGAAUCAGAGAAGCCACAGAGCUCUCCCGGCCUCGCUGGAAGGUCGAGCCCAACAGGCUGUGUGCCCACAGUUACUCAACAUUUGAGGGUUUUGCCCUUGACGGGGCUGUAAGCUGCAUGAGAGCAGGAGAUAUAUUUAUCCUCUAAGCCCUGUGGAAAAAGGGACAGAGGGCACCACUUCGAAACUGGGUCUCGCUCAGCACCUGGCUAGGAAAGACAGUCACACCUGGGUGUGGGAGGAGGUGUACAAAGGAUGCAGACAUCUCUAAGAGGCAGGAGUGCAGGGGAAAGGUGCGAGGGUUCUGCCAGCCGGUGCCGGCCAGGGCAGUGUCUGGGGUAGUCCUGCAGGAGCAAGACAGACCGCCAUCCCAGAGCAUUGUGGGCACUCAGCUCUCCCAUAUCCAGAGCAUCUCCGCGGGCAUGGCUUUCUGGAGGUCCAAGACAGGGACAGAUUCUGGCAUGAGGAAGAUGACAGGCGGGCAGCCAGGAGGGGCCAGGCAAGGGCCUGUGUUCUCGAGCUCUCGCUGGUAACGUGCUUGAGCAGGACCACCGCUUCUCAAGCAGGACCUGGGGACUUAGAAUUCCAAGGUGCGUCUUCUCCCGUCUCUGCAGUGGAACUUGGUCUCAUCCCUGUGACACCGUCAAGUAGGAGUUGUCAGAGACCCAAGUCCGAGAGACCUCUCAUUCGCGAGAAGGCGGUCCUCCGUGAAGGUCUGGGCAGGAGCAGCUGGCGACGGACCCCAGGAAGAAAGCGCUGCCUUCAUUCCGCGCGUCAGGACAGAAGGGGCUUCAUCCGAAAUCCCCGCCGGGCCGCCCCCACAGGUUCAAUGCAAGCUUCCGCUCCGUGCUGUGGAAUUAAGUUGCCCCCGAGUGUUCGGGGAAGUGGGAAGAUCUCCGCAGGAGGGAGAGGCCGCUGACAUUUCCGGCUCCUAAAUCUACCGGGAAAGGCUCUUAUUUUACAGUGUGUUUGGCCUCGCGAGGAAGGGGGCCGUGACGCUAACGGGUCUGCGGAGUCAGGCGGGGUUUGAGAGAGAGGCAAGGAGGGAGACCUCCGGCAGUCGUCUUUCCUUUCAGAAUAUUCUAGAAGGUAUCGCUCAGGUUGGAUAAAUGAAACCUUUAAAAUCUAUCUUGCAAACCUUACACGUGCACAUAUGUUCAACGUCUCACAUGGUAACCUGAGGGAAGCCUGAGGGAAGAAUGCGGCUUGGGAUUGUCUGCGGAGACAGGAAAGGACCCCUGGAUGAAGAGGAGUGUGGUGUCUGCUGGGCAGGGUGCCUGGGGCAGGACCCCUUCCAGAGUUUGUUGGCUGGUGGUGUGACCACGACCCCCUCCCACACUCCAUGGGCUUCGGCCCCCGGCGGGCCACAAGGGACCAGGAGCUGAGCCUUGAGCCAAAGAUUUCCCAAAGCCCAAGCUUAAGCUUAACAUUUGUGUUGACUUUCAGCUGAAGGCUUUUUCCAGAAUAUUCUAAGGGGUGUGUGUGUGUAUAAUUUGUAGAAUCACAUCGUUAAACAGGGCUGGGAAACUAAGCGAAGCGAACACACUCACCUGUAAAUGAGGAUUUCACUGAUGGUGACUGAGCUGUGAUAACAUUGGCAUUUCUUUGCCAUUUAAAUAUAAUUCUGCAAGAGAUUUAAAAUCCUGCACCAGAGAAAAUUCCAAAAUCCCGAGGUGAGAGCAGUGAGUUGUUAUCCCAUCAAUGGCAAAGACAUGAGAAUAGCCCCCGUCCGUUGCGGUGGAACUUCCAGCAUGAGUAUCUUCUGUCUGCUUGCCUGCCUGUCUGUCUGUCUGUACGGCAGCUGUCGUCAGAAGCAGCUGACGGCAGUAACGCCUGCUUCCUUGCUCAGACUCUGUCCACACAGUCGUACUGGAAUCCCAGAGCAAGGUGAAAUAGCAGCGAAACCGAGAUUAUGGCUAAAGAAAAGUGAGUAUUUUAAGCUCAUAACAGAAAACCAGGAAAUCGGCAACAUGGAACUUACAAAUUGCUGUCCCAGGACCCGGUGUUCUCAGCCUUGACCUCCACCGCCCUGAAAGAGGAGAGAUGCUGCGGAGCCUCAGGGGGGAGGAGGGGUUCCUGCACUCCCCCUGCCACCAGCACUCUGGGGGCGCCCUGAGGUGCUUCUCCUGGCCCCCCACCUCCACUCCCCCAGGACCCAGGACCCAGCAGCUCCAAGUCCGGGUGAGCAGGGAGGCCACGGCUGGAGGACAGGAGUCAGGCCCCGUCCUGCUUGGGGACCAGCGCGGGAACCCAGGACCCGUCUCCCCAGCAGCUCCCUUGUACCGCGUGACGCCCACUCGGACUUUCCAAGUUAACCCCCAUCAGGCUUCAGUGAAAAUGGAAAUUGGACUCAUCAUUUUCCCAACUUCAGACUCUGAUCUUCCUCCUGUGCAGACAAGUGUCGAACCCCACCCCUGCACUGACCACCUUCCCACUCACUACCCGCUGUGGCCCUCUGCCGUUCAGGCCCGGGGGUAGCCUUCCCUCAGCCUCCCCCAGCC